CACUUCACUCUGUCAUUUUAUUUGUAGCUAAAGCAGCGGCGGGAAUAGCAGCUGCAUUUCUUUUCUCUUUCUCCCUUCACAUUCCAUUAUCCUAGGGCUCCAAGGGAGAAGGGAGGCCAGAGAGGGGCCCAGGUACCGAUCUGCCUCGGAGGCUUACACCAACACGCUGGCAGAUCAGGAGCCGGAUGGUUUUCUCCCUCUUUUUUCAAAAAACGAAAACCAAAAAAAAAGCAAGAAUCAAGUCAGUGUAAUUUCAUGGUUGUUGGUUGGGGUUUUUUUUUUCCCCCUCUCCCUCAAUAAUUUUGCCUGGAGUUUGGCACUCCCUUCGCCGGGAAUAACAGUCUUUGUUAUUUUAUUAGCAGGAUGCCUUGAGACACUCGCAGCAUCUGGCGGAGGAUUAACAUACAUACAUGUGUAUGUAUGCGUCACGUAUAUAUUUACUGCAAAUGGUGGGGAUCAUUUAGUGCCCGAGAUGGGAGACCUGAAGUCAGGUUUUGAAGAGGUGGAUGGCGUGAGGCUCGGCUACCUCAUCAUUAAAGGAAAGCAAAUGUUUGCCCUCUCCCAAGUCUUCACGGACCUGCUGAAAAACAUCCCGAGGACCACCGUGCACAAGCGCAUGGACCAUCUGAAAGUGACAAAGCACCACUGCGACCUGGAGGAGUUGAGGAAACUCAAGGCGAUCAACAGCAUCGCCUUCCACGCCGCCAAAUGCACGCUCAUCUCUCGGGAAGACGUGGAAGCGCUGUACACCUCCUGCAAGACCGAGCGCGUGCUCAAGACCAAGCGCAGGAGGUCCUACAAAGCCAAGGCGGCGGCGGCGCCUGGGGCCACUUGCUUGGAGAGGUUUCAUCUGAUCAAUGGCUUCUGCCCGCCUCCCCAUCACCACCACCACCACCACCAUCACCACCACCAUCACCACCACCACCGGGCCCAGCAGCCGCAGCAGAACCACCCCGCCCCUCACCACCACCGGCCGCAGCCCCAUCUGGGCAGCUUCCCCGAGAGCUGCAGCAGCGACUCCGAGUCCAGCUCCUACUCGGACCACGCAGCUAACGACUCGGAUUUUGGCUCCAGUCUGUCUAGCUCCAGCAACUCGGUGUCCUCGGAGGAAGAGGAGGAGGAAGAGGAGGAGGAGGAGGAGGGAGAGGAGGAGGAGGAGGAGGAGGAGGAAGAGGGAGUCAGUGGGGCUUCGGACUCCAGUGAAGUCAGCUCGGAGGAGGAGGACUCCUCGGAGGAGUCGGACUCCAGCUCCGGCUCCAGCCAAGUGUCCGUGCAGAGCAUCCGUUUCAGGCGCACCAGCUUCUGCAAGCCUCCCAGCGUGCAGGCGCAGGCCAACUUCUUGUACCAUCUGGCCUCCGCCGCCGUUGCAACCAAACCCGCUGCUUUCGAGGAUGCCGGCAGACUUCCCGACCUCAAGAGUAGUGUCAAAGCUGAGUCGCCAGAGGAGUGGAAUCUGCAGGGCUGGGCCUCCAAACCGUCUCCGGUGUACUGCCAGGCCAGCCUGGGGAGUUGUUUCGCGGAGAUAAGGGACGAUAGGGUAUCUGAGAUUACAUUCCCACACUCGGAAAUUUCCAGUACUGUAAAGAGAACUGACCUGACAAUUAACUGCCUGGCGGAGGGAGCCUCUUCACCUAGCCCAAAGACAAACAAUGCAUUUCCACAACAAAGAAUACUCAGAGAGGCUAGGAAAUGCCUACCCGCAACUCCUACGACACCCAGUGCAGAUAACAACACAAUAGCUGCUAGGUUCUCAAAUCACGAUUCCGUGGGAGCAGCAGCAAACUCAGAACAGGAUUCUAAAACCCUUCAUUGUCCUGCCUUUGCUGCGGAUUUGCCCUCUUUGCAAACUGACCGGGAGGUGGACGCAGCAGCAGCUAAAGCCGAGAAUCCGUGCACUGACCCAGGCGACAAGGCAUUGCCAUUUCUGCACAAUAUCAAAAUCAAAGUAGAAGAUAGUAGUGCUAAUGAAGAAUAUGAACCUGACCUUAUUACAAAUAAGCUAAAGUGCGAGUGCAAUGAUACAAAGGGUGAGUUUGACGGUGUGACUGAAAGUAAGGAGGAGGACACCUUGUUAACCACAGCCAAGGAAGGGUUUGCAUGCCCUGAAAAAGAAAGUCCUUCCUUAAAUCAUCUGGCUCACAGUCAGGGCCUUUCAUGCACUUUAGGUUCUCCAAAACCUGAGGAUGGGGAAUAUAAAUUUGGUGCCAAGGUGAGAAAAAAUUACCGGACACUAGUACUGGGAAAGCGACCUGUACUUCAGACACCUCCAGUCAAACCAAAUUUGAAAUCAGCUAGAAGCCCUCGUCCUACAGGUAAAACUGAGACACAUGAAGGAACACUGGAUGAUUUUACAGUUAUAAAUAGACGCAAAAAGGUAGCCAGCAAUGUAGCAUCGGCAGUGAAAAGGCCAUUUAAUUUCAUGGCAAAUUUCCCUUGUCCACCAUCACUCAUUAUUGGGAAGGAUGGGGAUUUGUGGCCGGCGUAUUCCUUAAACACCACUAAGGAUUCCCAACCUCCUCACAAGGCCCAUCCUAUAUGGAAAUGGCAGCUGGGCGGUUCUGCAAUACCUCUUCCACCUAGUCACAAAUUCAGGAAAUUUAAUUCAUAAAAAUGUUUUGGAAGAUAUUUUCUUGAACCAUAUUACCUUCCUUUUGUUGUAAACUGCACAGGAUGGUUUGUACAAGUCCAUUAAUAUGUUACACCCCUUUUGGAGUCCUGGUUUAUCACAUUUUGAAGACAGAAAUCGGAUUAAUUUUUUUUUCCAUUGAGUUUUUUUUUUUUUUAAGUAGAGUGGGGGCGGGGUGGGAGAAGGGUUGGUUUACAUUCCACAGACUACUUCAGGCUAAAGACUCAAGUAAAACUCAGUUAUUACGGUAGAGCUGGGACACUUUACUGUUUCGAUGCUAAUAAUGCAUGAGUCAGUCGGAAUCUACAACGGGUUUGUUUGGACCUCAGUUCAACUGCUACAAAUAAAUGUCAAAAGGUUGAAUAAUAAAUAUUACAAUGAGCCAUUAAGUUUAUGCACUAGAUUUCAGACCUGAAAGUGUAACUGCUAAGUCAGUGAAAGUUUGUUAAGUUUCAUGGUUACACAAUGAGGUAGCAAGAAGUUUCUGUGAGCCCCAAAUCUUCUCUUCUGAAGCUCUUGUUUGUGGGGUCUUUUUCUUUUUACUACCCUCUUUUCCCUCUCUACAAGGGUAGUUGCACUUAACUUUGGAGGGGGGGGAGUGGAAAGAUUAGGCUGUGAGUCCUGCUUGAAUGCUGAUAAAAGCUGCCUCAUAGAGACUAAAGCGACAUAAAUAUGGGAUUGCUUUCUUUCCCCCUUUGGGGGGGGGGGGUAAAGCUAUGUUACUUUUACAGCCGCUCCUUGCAAUUGGAAGUCUUUUUUUGUGUUCUUAUCCAAAGGCUUUAAAUAACAGUAACUCUUACUCACUAUUACCCUGCUUACCUUGUGGUCUGAGCAUGAACCCUCAAUCUUGCAAAACAAUGAAAGUAUUUCUUAGUAGCAGGACAUUCCAUGAUCUAGUAGUGAACACAACCAAGAAAGAGAAAAUGAGGAGUCAGAGUACUAAGACUACCCCAAAAGAAAAAAAAAGAAAAAAAAAGACCGUUAUUUCAGGGCUUUUUGGUACCAGAACUCAGGCGUGUGGAUUUUAUGAUCUUUUCCUUUUCUUCUACAUCUUUCUAAACUUCUGUUUUCAGACCAUCCUGUGACUAGCACAGGAAAGUUUCUACUGCAAGUGACAAUCAGAGGUGACUAUAUUUGCACUUAAAAUCAAACUAGUUCAACAUGCAGAUGGCUAGGGUCUAGCCCUUGGUAAGGGCCAUGCUGGUGUACUAUGUUGUGAUGAUGGAAGCAGUAAAUCAAAAUUAUGGAAAUGUGCACUGUUGAAAAGCAUGCUUUAGCUUUAUUUUCAAUUAAAAACACUGUUUAAAAUUU